GCACUUGUUUCAGUCUGUGUGUGAUUUUUCUUACAGGACAGUUACUAAUGCUUUUAACUCACUGAACACACAACUCAUGCACUUUACUAGUAAUUUAUCCUGUGGAUUUAAAAAUAAAAACAGUUGGCUCCACUACAUGAGAUGGAUUUAAAUUACUGCAUGUAGGAAAAACCCGAGUUUCACCUGAAACCUGCUGUUUCCUUAAACCCUCGCCUUCAUUUGUACACAGAAGUAAAGGCUCCUGGGCAGGAGUGCUGGAACAGGAAGUGGAUUUAUUUCAGCAUGGGGAGUAAGGAGCGAUAUCACUGGCAGACCCAAAAUGUGAAGGUCAGCGGGGUGGACGACAUGGUCCUCCUCGCUAAAAUCAAUGAAGAUGCCAUCACAGAAAACCUCAAAAAGAGAUACAUGGAUGACUUCAUCUUUACAUACAUUGGGCCUGUGCUGAUCUCUGUAAACCCUUUUAAGCAGUUGCCAUAUUUUACUGAUCGUGAAGUGGAGCUGUAUCAAGGAGCUGCACAGUAUGAGAAUCCGCCACACAUUUACGCUUUGGCUGAUAGCAUGUAUCGCAACAUGAUGAUUGAUAUGGAGAACCAGUGUGUCAUCAUCAGUGGAGAGAGUGGAGCGGGAAAGACGGUAGCAGCCAAGUACAUCAUGAGCUACAUCUCCAAAGUGUCAGGAGGUGGCCCUAAAGUUCAACAUGUAAAAGAUAUCAUCCUUCAGUCUAACCCUCUACUGGAAGCUUUUGGGAAUGCCAAGACAGUGCGCAAUAACAACUCCAGUCGCUUUGGAAAAUACUUUGAGAUCCAGUUCAGCCGAGGGGGAGAGCCUGAUGGAGGAAAAAUCUCUAACUUCCUGCUGGAGAAAUCCAGGGUGGUGUCUCAAAACCAUGGCGAAAGAAAUUUCCAUAUUUACUACCAGCUUUUGGUAGGGGCUACCAAAGAUCAGAGGGAAAAUUUGGGCGUUACCACUCCUGAUUAUUACUUCUACCUAAACCAGUCUGGUACCUACACUGUGGACGACAUCAAUGACCAGAAGGAGUUCUCUGACACCAUGGAGGCCAUGUCAGUUAUAGGUUUGUCUCUGGAUGAACAGGAUGCUGUGCUGCAGAUUGUGGCAGGGAUUCUUCAUCUGGGUAACAUCACUUUCAGAGAAGAGGGCAACUAUGCUGUGGUGGGCAGUGAAGAUUUUCUUGCUUUCCCAGCCUUUCUUUUGGGAAUAUCUCAGGAGGGCUUGAAGAAGAAGCUGACAAGUCGGAUCAUGGACAGUAAAUGGGGGGGCAAGACUGAGACCAUUUUUGUCACCCUGAACACGGAGCAGGCCAGCUUUACACGCGAUGCUUUGUCAAAAGCACUCUACACCCGAGUUUUUGAUUACCUCGUUGAUUCAAUAAACAAAGCCAUGCAAAAGGACCACGAGGAAUUCAACAUUGGAGUUUUGGAUAUUUAUGGUUUCGAAAUCUUCCAGCAAAAUGGAUUCGAGCAGUUCUGCAUAAACUUUGUGAACGAGAAGCUUCAGCAGAUUUUUAUUGAGCUCACUCUGAAGGCUGAGCAGGAAGAGUAUGUACAGGAAGGAAUCAAAUGGACACCAAUCGAGUACUUCAACAACAAAAUCGUAUGUGACUUAAUAGAGUCCAAAGUGAACCCUGUGGGGAUCAUGAGCAUUUUGGAUGAUGUGUGUGCUACCAUGCAUGCCAAGGGUGAGGGUGCAGACCAGACUCUGAUUCAGAAGCUGCAAAUGCAGAUCAGCUGUCAUGAGCACUUCAACAGCUGGAACAAGGGCUUCAUAGUGCAUCACUAUGCAGGCAAGGUGUCGUAUGAUGUGAGUGGCUUUUGUGAGAGGAACAGGGAUGUGCUCUUCAAUGACAUCAUUGAGCUGAUGCAAAGCAGUGAAUUUGCCUUUAUCCGAGCACUUUUCCCAGAAAAUCUCGAGGCUGAAAAAAAGGGACGACCCACCACUGCAGGCAGCAAGAUCAAGAAACAGGCCAAUAACCUGGUGCAGACCCUGAUGAAGUGCACGCCUCAUUACAUUCGCUGCAUCAAACCCAACGAAACCAAGAAACCACGGGACUGGGAGGAGAGCCGGGUGAAGCACCAAGUGGAGUAUCUGGGUCUGCGGGAAAACAUCCGUGUACGGAGAGCUGGCUACGCCUUCCGUCGCAUCUUCAAGAAGUUCUUGCAGAGAUACGCAAUCCUGACCAAAGAGACGUGGCCAGAGUGGCGUGGAGAUGAAAAACAGGGUGUCCUGCACCUUCUGAGGUCUGUCAACAUGGAGCCAGACCAGUACCAACUGGGCAAGAGGAAGAUCUUCAUUAAGGCCCCAGAAUCUCUGUUUCUUCUGGAAGAGAUGAGGGAGAGGAAAUAUAAUGGAUUUGCUCGAGUCAUCCAGCAAGCCUGGCGUAAACAUAUUGCUGUUCGCAAAUAUGUCCGGAUGCGAGAGGAAGCAUCUGACAUCCUGUUAAAUAAAAAGGAACGGCGGAAGAACAGUCUGAACCGUAACUUUGUGGGUGACUACAUUGGCACAGACAGUCGCCCCGAGAUCCGCCAGUUUGUGGGUCGCAGGGAAAGGAUUGAAUUUGCUGAUGUGGUGAUCAAAUAUGAUCGCAGGUUUAAGACUGUAAAGCGUGACCUGAUCUUGACGUCCAAGUUCCUCUACCUGAUUGGCCGAGAAAAAGUAAAGCAAGGUCCAGAAAAGGGACACAUUCGGGAGGUCCUCAAAAGGCAGAUUGAACUAGAGAAAAUUCAGUCCAUCUCUCUGAGCACUCUGCAGGAUGACUUCUUCAUUGUGCAUGAGGAGCACUAUGACAGUGUGCUGGAGUCUGUCUUUAAAACAGAGUUCUUAAGUCUUCUCUACAAACGUUAUGAGGAAAAGACUCGAAGGAAACUACCACUGAAGUUCAACAACCUACUUGAAUUUAAAGUGAAAAAAGGCGGUUGGGGGCCGUUUGCAUCUUCUGGCUCUCGGCAGAUCCAGUUUCAGGUGGGCCAGGGAGAGAACGUGGUACUCAAGCCAAGCAGCAAGACACUGGUUGUGAGUAUCGGACCUGGCCUGCCCAAGAACUCAAGGCCUACUCGUCGUGACAACCGGAAGAGCAGAUGCAUGGAAAAUGAGAACCGAGGAGGGAGAUACUCGCAAGAGCACUCGGUGAGACCUGAGCGAGGAGGGAAAAACCGAAGCCAUCAAACCAACUCCAGAGCGUCUCUGCUGCGCCAGCAGUCCAGCAUGGAUCAACCCACCCUUCCCCGCCAUCAAGGUCCUCGGCCCAGCCAGACUCAGGCCCUGAACAACAGUGACAUGGGCUUCAUGAAAGUCCCUGACCAGGGAGUGGCAGGACUUCAUCGACGAAGGUCAAAAGAGGUUAAACCUGUCCCUGGAGGAGGGCUGCCAAAGCCUGCACCGAAGCCCAAACCUCGCUCCCCACAGUGCCGUGCUCUGUAUGCAUAUGAUGCCCAGGACACUGAUGAGCUCAGCUUCAAUGCAGAUGAUAUUAUAGAUAUCUUAACUGAAGACCCCUCAGGUUGGUGGUAUGGUCGUCUACGGAGAAGAGAAGGCAUGUUUCCUGGGAACUAUGUUGAGAAGAUUUAGUUCAAGACCACAGAGGUGGAAGAUUUUAUUAAUGAUUUUUGUGCAGCCAUCGAUCAAACCCAAAGUACACAAAUAAUUAGGAUGAUAUGAUGUAUACAUACACUUGAUACAGUAGACCCGAGACUCGUGAAUUUCAGAGACGAAAUAAAUCCACUUAAAUGUAUGUUUAUCUUCUUGAUCUUGUUUUAUAUAGGACAUUGAAAUUUAUUUUAGCUUUUUUAACAAUCACAAGAUGUAUUUUUACACACAUGGCAAUAAUGUUGGUUGAAACUGUGUAGAAAACCUAAAGUCCAUUCUGCUGUUUAAGUCAUAUAGUUUGUUUAAAAAUCAUGAACAGCUUUUAUGAAUGUUUUAUAUCAGUAAACUGUCUCAUCUGGAUGUACUCAAAACGAACAAUACCAAUGUAACAUUUUUGAAAGAAUAAAAAUGACAAUAAAUUAA